GCGGCGCCAUGGCGGGUGUGGGGGCGCGGCCGCGGGUCCGGGCCUGGCUCUGAGGGGGUUCCCGCCGCCUCCCCGCGUUCCCGCCGCCUCUCUGACCCCUGCCCCGCCCGAUCUGCCCGCCCCAGCCCGCUCCGGCCCGGCCUGCCGCCGAGAUGGCGUCGGGGCUGCGCGCCGCCGGGUUCCCCCCCUGGAAGCGGCACAUCGCGGAGGAGCUGCGGCGGCGGGACCGGCUGCAGCGCCAGGCGUUCGAGGAGAUCAUCGCCCAGUAUAACAAGCUGCUGGAGAAGUCAGACCUUCAUGCAGUGCUGGCUGAUAAACUUCAAGCAGAAAAAUAUGACAUACAGAGCAGACAUGAGAUCAGCCCAGGACACGAUAGCACAUGGAACGACGCUCAGCUGCAGGAGCUGGCCCAGCUGAAGAUAAAGCACCAGGAGGAGCUGACUGAGCUGCACAAGAAACGUGGCGAGCUGGCCCAGUCUGUAAUUGAUUUAAACAACCAAAUGCAGCAGAAGGACAAAGAGAUGCAGAUGAAUGAAGCCAAGAUUGCAGAGUAUUUGCAAAAGAUUUCUGAACUGGAAACAGAGUGCCAGGAAUUGCGUAGCAAACUGCAAGAUCUUGAGCGAGCUAAUCAGACACUGAAAGAUGAAUAUGAUGCUCUCCAGAUCACCUUCAAUGCCUUGGAGGAGAAACUAAGGAAAACUACUGAGGACAACCAGGAGCUGGUCUCACGUUGGAUGGCAGAGAAAGCACAAGAAGCCAAUCGUUUGAAUGCAGAAAAUGAAAAGGAUUCAAGGAGACGCCAGGCCAGGCUGCAGAAGGAGCUGGCAGAAGCUGCCAAAGAACCCUUGCCUGUUGAACCGGAUGAUGACAUCGAAGUGCUUGCGGAUGAAACCUCAGACACAGCUGAGGAAACCUCUCCGGUGCGAGCUGUCAGCCGGACGUCCAGUAAGCGACUCUCCCAGCCAGCUGGAGGCCUUCUGGACUCUAUCAGUAAUAUCUUUGGUCUGUCUGAGUCUCCCCUUUUGGGACAUCAGUCUUCUGAUACUGCCAGGAGGCGUUCUCUGUCCUCAUUCCCUGCACCCCAGGACAAUGCAGAGCCACAUCCAGGUGCCAGUAAAGAAGUGAGAGUGCCCACUACUGCCAUUUGUGUCUUUGAUGCACAUGAUGGGGAGGUGAACGCGGUGCAGUUCAGCCCUGGCUCCCGGUUACUAGCAACAGGAGGCAUGGACCGGAGGGUUAAGCUUUGGGAAGUCUUGGGAGAUAGGUGUGAGCCCAAAGGUUCCCUCUCUGGCAGUAACGCUGGGAUUACAAGCAUAGAGUUUGAUAGUGCUGGUUCUUACCUCUUAGCUGCUUCAAAUGACUUUGCCAGCAGAAUCUGGACAGUUGAUGACAAUCGAUUACGGCACACCCUUACAGGUCACAGUGGUAAAGUUCUGUCAGCCAAGUUCCUGCUGGACAAUGCACGGAUUGUUUCGGGAAGUCACGACCGGACCCUCAAGCUCUGGGACCUCCGCAGCAAAGUUUGUAUAAAAACAGUGUUUGCAGGAUCUAGCUGCAAUGACAUCGUGUGUACUGAGCAGUGUGUAAUGAGUGGACAUUUUGAUAAGAAAAUUCGUUUCUGGGAUAUCAGGACUGAAAGCAUAGUAAAAGAACUGGAGCUGUUUGGAAGAAUCACAGCUCUGGACCUGAACCCGGAGCGAACAGAGCUUCUGACCUGUUCCCGUGAUGAUCUGCUCAAGAUCAUUGAUCUGCGGGUCAGUGCUGUCAAGCAGACCUUCAGUGCCCAGGGAUUCAAAUGUGGCUCUGACUGGACAAGAGUUGUGUUCAGCCCUGAUGGUAACUAUGUGGCUGCUGGCUCAGCUGAUGGGGCCCUCUACAUCUGGAAUGUGCUUACUGGGAAAUUGGAGAGGACGCUUGCAAAGCAUCACAGUUCUUCUAUCAAUGCAGUCACGUGGUCACCAUCGGGUGCCCACGUGGUCAGUGUGGACAAAGGAAACAAGGCUGUGCUGUGGGCUGAGUUCUGACUGCCGGAGGGUGAGAGGCUGAGUGUGCUGGUGCUGCUCCGUGCCUGCACAGCAUGGAGACCCGAGCCCACAUCCAUCCAGAGUCAGGAUAUGGACAAGCACAUGGGCUUUGCUUUCCAGAGGGAAGUUCUAAAGCAAUGGAGAAAGGAGCCUGAGUCAGAGACUUCUCAUGGCCAAAACUGCACUGUGGCACUUGGACUCAGAGUGGGAUUAGCUGUUGUAGAUGGAGAAUGCUACUUAGUCAUGCCUUUACUUGCAGUAUCUAUGCACCACGUGGAGCUGAAGAUACUAGCGGGAUUCCUCACCAGACAGCUGUGCCAAAUAUCCUGUCACACAAAUGUAUCUACAGCACUUCUGAGGUGGAAACUUUGGAAAGAAGUCAUUGUGUGUGCUGACUUAAAGCAUGUUCUGUCUCCUGUGUUCUGUUCUGGUGGCCUAGUUCAGGCAUGGGGUGAGAAGAUCCUGAAACACGUCCUAGGCAGUUUGAAGUGUUGGAACAGCUUUUAAAGAGGGUCUCCCAUGGCUCUGACAGCUCUGCCUUUGAGUCAUCAGCUCAUUUUAGAUCUGUUCUGAUCCUGGCACAGGCUCUCCAGCACUAUCCUGUGAACUCUGUGUAUCGGUUCUUGAGGCAACGGUUUGUUUGUUCUUCGGGACUUCUGCACCCUUGUGCUGAAAUGCCCUUCAACAGCUUGGGCAUCACAAAAUAGGAGGUUUUUUAAUCUUUUUAUACCACAGGCAGUUUGAUUAGUUGGUGUGAGGAGAGAGCUAAGCUUGGUGAGGUUGUCCUAGGAGUUGUGCUGCAGUGAUGAGGAAUGUAGUAAUCCUGUGACUUCAGUCCUGGAAUACAGACGUUUGGUUCCUUUUUCUGUUCAUCCGUCCUGUCCUGGCGGCUGUCAGUACCCAGGGGAGCAGUGGCAUCAAAUCCCAAAUGCAUUGUUUUGGUGCUGGCAAUUCCAGGCCACUUGCCCCGUUCCUGAGCACACGUGCAAUAUUCCCGUUUGCGCUGGAGCCCUCUGUGGUACGGAGCGGUGUCUGAGCUCUGUUCCUGUUCUGGCACCCUGAACCAUGAUGUGUCUGAGUGUGAGCUACCUGGCAUAUCCUUAUCCAGCCAAACCUUUCCACAUCAUCUGGGCCUCAAGACAAGCCACCAGCGUUUUAUUGCCUUUUUAUUUGCACUUUAUUUUCUUCUUUCCCGAUAGUGUUUUACCAUGGAAGUGUGUUCUUUGGAGGGGCUGGGUUGGGGGAGCUGGGCUGACAGGCUCCCUCUAACCCAGCCUUUCGCACAGACACUUUCUGCAGAGGGGAAUUAGAGUACAUGGGGCAAAGUUUUUAUUUAUUCAGCUGCCCAUAAAAACUUGAUUGUAAAUAAACUUGUGUUCUGCUUUUAAAACCCCACACUGCUCUGAUUUAUUUAUUUGUGCAUCUGUGUGCGAGAUCUUGUUUGGAAUAAGUGCAGAGGGGGAUCUGAAAUGCCAUUUUCCUGGUGAGUUGUGGAAUUUGGUGUCAAGGGGGAAAAAGGAUAAUGAUCUUAGCUUGGGGCUAGAUGUCCUGCAGGUGCAGCCUGGGCUUGCACUGUCUCAGUAGUCCUGCCUUGAGACUGAAGAAAGUCUUGCCUCAUUGAACAAGUGCCUCUGUCUCUGUCCUUGAAAGGUUGAUGUAUUGUUGGAUGUUUGAGAUAAACUACUGAACUGAGGAAAUCAGGAUCUGUAUUUCAAACACUGCUAAAAAUAGAUGUCUUUUUCUGCUGUGAGGCUUUGACGGCUAGCUUGUCAAGUUUUUAAGGCAGGAAUUGGAGUUGCACAUUUCUUUAAAAACACAAAAACCCUUUUGAAGAUGUUGCUCUGGUUCCAGCUUCAGAGUGAUGAAGUAAAGUCUUCAGCUCUUCAGUGUAAAAAUUUCAUAACCACUAGCUGUCACUGGCCACCCUCUGUUUCUCAUCAGAAAAUAAGCUUUUAUUCAGCUCAUGGAUGUAAGAACUGCAGCAAAAAUGGAAAGCUGGCAUUCUGAACAGUUUCUAAGGGCAAGGUAUUUUUUCUUUGCCUGUUGCAGUGGCAUAUGGUCCUUGAAAAGGCACCUGCCACGAGUCCAGGUGACCUUGGUUACUGCAGGAAAGCAGAUCACGAAGUGGCAAGUCAGCAUGAUGAAAGAUUAUUGGGAGAUUAGCAUAAUAAAAACUGCAGGCUCUGCUGAGGAGGAUCAGAAUGGGUUUAGGAUGUUUAGAAUUUAGACUGCUGCACUUGUGUUUUUCUAGAGCAUGGACACAUCUUACUCAAAGGGCUUUGCUAGUCCCAUUGAUGCUGUUAUGAAGCAGGUUAAUAAUGCUGAAGGAUAGAAGCCAGCUGGCUAAAUCCUUAAGCAUUUUAGAUUAGGGUUCCUUAGCACCAAGGUAUGUAAGACAUUCUAGUGAGCAAUUUUAGCUUUUCUUUUCCUAUAUUUUGAUUACUUCUAUUGCCUCCUUUUCUGCUCCAGCCUGCAGAGAGAAGAAGAGCAAAUGAAGGAACCUGCAGUGCAGAGGUGGCUGUAGCAGUUUUGCUGCCAGAGGUGGAGCUGCCCUUCAAGUGGAUUUGGGGGUGGGUUGGGCAUCUUUCUCUGGAUUAAAGGUGCACUAGGAGCUGUGUUACAGAGAAGCUGUUCCCAAGAUCCUCUGAAGAUGUCUGCAAUGGUACAUGUGCCAACAGGAAUGCUCAUCCUCUCCUGGAGAACUAAUAACCCUGCAGUGGCUGCAGCACAGACUUGUACAAAACCAGCUCCCUUCCUUUUGCUUUUGCAAAGUGUGACUGAGUUUCAUCUCUGAGGUUUCUUCCUUUCUUCCUACAAUAAGGACCUGGCUUCUCUUCUGCAGCCCAGGCAUGUGUGAAUUUCUGUGGUUCCAGCCUGGCUGGUUUGUGUUUGCCAGAGUUGAUUAGACAGAGUAGUGAUUAGGCUCUCCAAAUAAUCCACCUCCAGUUAAUAAAAUGUUGUUGGAACCCUGAAAGAGCUGAGGAACAUUGGCUCUGUCAUUUGAGUAAUUUGUGUAGCCCUGGCCACUAUAUUCAGGCAAAUGUCAGUGAUUGUUUGUAAAAAGCAAGCUUGAUCUGUGACUGCAAGCUUGCUUGAGCUGGAGGGAGCUGUUAGGCUGGCAAGUGGACAGGAUAUCAUGUGAUCUCUGUUAAUCAAAUGAACAGAUGCAGCCAGAGGAAAGCUACAGCUGUUCCUACAGCUCACAAGCCAAAAGUUAACAUAUACUGUUGUGCAAAAUACCAGGCCCAAAUUCACUGAUGGGUGGGGAAAGCUACUCUUGGAAGAUUAAGGAGCAGCACAGCUGAAGUUAAUUGAAAUAUCUGUGUUUCUUAAAUCCCAGAUGUUGUGUUUUUUUAAGUAAAUUGAGGAGGAGAUUGUACAAACUAGCAGUCUAUUGUUUUGCAUCAGCAUGUCAGUUGGCUGCUGGUGAAGCAGUAAUAGAUAAAUUGCUUAGUGAUUCUGAGAAUAGUGCAUUGUUCUCAGUGUUUGACAGGCCAUCAAAAUGCCAUUUUAGUGUUUUUUAAACUCCCUUUUUCAUCAAUGGCUCUUGUCUGUUCAGUUUCUUACCAGGCUGCAUGUCUUGCAGCCCUAGGAAGGAGGAGAUAGAGCUUUAGAAUAAACUGCUUUCAGUAGCUGGCCUGUGCUUCCUGUGUCUUUGCAAAAUGUGAACAGGACAUUGUACACCUCUUCACUGACUAGCUGAGUGUCCUUAGCUAAUGCCUUGUUGUUGCUGACUUAACCACUUCCCAGCUGAAUCUCAGCCCAGGUACAAUAUUUGCUCUUGCAGAGGGAUUAAUUAUUGAAAUCCUGGAUGGACGCAACUGGAGACGAGCUUUCCAAUCCCCUACAAAUUGUCUUCCUUGCUUGUGAAGAGAGCAGUAAUUCCCUCUGCUAGAUGCAAAGAAGCAUAGGACACAGCUGCCUUGGAAAAUUCAUCUUUCUUUGAUAAUUUAGAAGUUCCCAUCACUGUCUGUGGAAGCUCCUGUGCCACUUUGAACACAGCAAGGCAUCUGGCACAGGACAUCUGGGGACAGAAGAGCUUCAUUCACCCACAGUCACAUCCCUGUCUUUGACCAUGAGCCGCCCUGAGUCUCAAAAGACUGGGACUGGUGGGAAGAAUGCUGAUUCUCCUCCAAAACAAGUUAUCUUCAGAAAAAGCACCCGUGACAAAGCUCUGACCAUCUACCUGGGAAAGCGGGACUACAUUGACAACAUAGGGAAUGUAGAACCUGUAGAUGGUGUUGUAUUGGUGGAUCCUGCUAUUAUCAAGGG